AAAAUGUCCGAAACAGUCCGUCCAGCAUUCUCCGGCCGCGAGCGUCCCCUCCUCAGCUACGGGAUCCCCUUCCCCACCGCCGCCGCACACCACGUCACCGAGACCUUCAAUGCCUCGCGAGUCUACGUGAUUUGUUCGGGAUCACUAGCACGAAACACAGAUGCUCUAGACCGAUUGACCGCGGCGCUGGGUGUGGGGAAGGUCGUCGGUCGUCGGAUUGGCAUGCAGAGUCAUACGCUGUGGUCGGAGGUAUUGGAGAUUGUGGAGGAGGCGAGGAAUGUAAAGGCGGAUUUACUGUUGACCCUGGGAGCGGGCAGUUUGACGGAUGGGGCGAAGAUAAUUGCUUUUGCCCUCGCUAACCAAGUCCACACCCCCUCCGACCUCGCAUCCCUCGCCGAAGGACCCAACAAACGACCUCAAAUCAACCCACCCACCAUCCCCAUAAUCUCCGUGCCAACUUCCCUCUCCGCGGGUGAAUACUCUAAUUUCGCCGGCGGUACAGAGGAUAACUCCCGCCGCAAAUAUAGCUUCCAAGCACCACUUCGCGGACCCCAACUCAUCAUCCUCGACCCCGAACUAGUCGAGACUACGCCAGACUCGAUCUGGUUGAGUACGGGCAUUCGCGCAGUGGAUCACUGCGUGGAGACGCUUUGCGCUAUUGUGGGCGUGACGCCAGCAUCGGAUGAACUUGCGGAACAUGCGCUGGGACUGUUGGUUCCAGGCUUGUUGAGAUGUAAGAAGGAUCGGGGGGAUCGAGAGGCGCAUUUACAGUGUCAAUUGGGAUCGGUGGAUGCGAUGGCUGCUUGUACAAGUGGUUCGGUGGAAUUGGGGGCUAGUCAUGGGAUUGGGCAUCAGCUUGGUCCAUUGGGCGUUGGCCACGGCGAAACAAGUUGCAUCUUACUCCCCGCCGUGUGCAAGUUCAACGCAAAGCACAACGCCAAUCGCGAGCGACAAGCGCGAGUGCGCGAGUUCCUCAUCCGCGAUCCCGUUGUGGUCGAGGUUCUACGCUCUCAUUCGAUUAACACUGAAAACUCGGAUUUGGGCGAUAUCCUGGACGCAGUGAUUCGCGAGUUGGGCAUGCCGCGGUCUCUGGGAGAUGUGGGGGUGGGUCGUGAUAAACUCGAUGCCCUGGCAGAGCACAGUCUCCAUGACCGAUGGUGCCAGACGAAUCCAGUCCCACUAAAAGAGAAGGAGCAGGUCUUGGAGAUUCUGGAGAUGGUGGUUUAA